UGAACAUCAUACCGUUAUGACGAGACAGCAGAAAAAAUUAAUUAGAUAUAAGCAACGCCGCGUGAUACGGCGAACAGCCGGCGAGUAUGAAGUUGAUGAGACUCGAUCGGUUAUCACAAAAGCCUGUUUUACAGAUACUCAAACCGUCGGUUCCCGGGAAUCUGAUGCAUUGUAA